CCCGUAUCCGGAUGCGUGCGGGCGGCACUUGAAGUGUAGAACCGGUUCUCGUGCGCGGAAGCGAUGCCAUUGACUCCGCUCGUGCUCUGUACUGAAUAGACGAGAGGGAGAAACAAUUGGACUGCCAUGUCGGAGGAACCGGCACGGAUUCUACCUUCUACACCUGCUCGUCCCGCCGCCGUUUGACGAUCCAUCGGCCGACUGACUCCGGUCGCCGGCAUCAUGGUAGCUAGCGACUUGCGGGAGCACCAACCGCAUGGGUGCGCGUCCCCGGAAGGCGAAGGCUCCCUGGAAGCAGACAGCAACAAAGAUCCAAUACAUUCAAAUGAGAGCACCCCGCUAAAUUCGACAAACAACGAUCUUCAAGUCCAUGUGGCGGAAACCCGAGGAGCAGAGCCGGAACCCCCGGCCGAUGAGAGCCAGGCCAUGUUGUCCGGGCAGCACGAAUCACCGCAAGUCAAGCUGUACUGGAGACGCUUCGUGGUGCUCACGGUCUUCAGUCUGUACUCGCUGGUGAACGCCUUCCAGUGGAUCCAGUACAGCAUCAUCACCAACAUCUUCACCCACUUCUAUCAGGUGACCAACGACAAGAUCGACUGGCUCUCCGUCGUCUAUAUGGUAGCCUACGUGCCUCUUAUAUUUCCCGCGACAUGGCUGCUGGAUACGAAGGGACUCCGAAUUACGGCGCUCCUGGGCGCGGGACUCAACUGUGCUGGCGCCUGGAUCAGGUGCGCCAGCAUCCGACCCGAUUUGUUCGCUGUCACCGCCGUGGCGCAGACUGUGGCCGCGGUGUCUCAAAUCUUCAUUCUGGGACUGCCCUCCAGGAUCGCGGCCGUGUGGUUUGGACCAAAGGAGGUGUCCACUGCCUGCUCUGUUAUGGUGCUGGGAAAUCAGCUUGGCGUCGCUAUUGGAUUCCUGUUACCACCAGUCUUGGUGCCCAACACACAAGAUGAUUUGGAGCUGAUGGGACACAACAUUGGCAUCAUGUUUUAUGGGACUGCUGCCGUGGCGACUUUGCUCUUUGUCAUGACAAUCUUUGUGUUUCAGGAAAAGCCGCCUCUGCCCCCCAGCCAGUCCCAGGCAGUCUUGCCUGCAUGGACACCAGAAGGAUAUUCCUAUCGGCAGUCCAUGAAGAAUCUGUUCAAGAACAUUCCUUUUGUGCUUCUGAUCAUUAGUUAUGGGAUAAUGACGGGAGCUUUUUACUCCUUAUCGACGUUAUUAAAUCAGAUGAUUAUGACCCACUAUGCGGAUGAAGAGGUGAAUGCUGGGCGCAUUGGCCUGACCUUAGUAAUUGCUGGGAUGGUAGGCUCGGUUAUUUGUGGUUUGUGGCUGGAUUACACCAAAACUUUCAAGCAAACCACCGUAGCAGUUUAUGUGUUGUCCUUCAUUGGAAUGGUUGUUUUUACAUUUACUCUUAAUCUUGACAACAUCUACAUCAUAUUUGGUACCGGAGGGAUACUUGGUUUCUUCAUGACAGGAUAUCUACCUGUGGGCUUUGAGUUUGGUGUUGAAAUCACAUAUCCAGAGCCUGAAGGAACAUCAUCGGGUAUCCUGAAUGCUUGUGCCCAGUUGUUUGGAAUAGUGUUCACUUUAAUCCAAGGAAGUCUGACGACAAACUACAGCCCUUUGGUUGGAAAUAUAUUUCUCUGUGCCUGGAUCUUUUUGGGGAUUAUUUUAACAGCUUUAAUAAGGUCAGAACUGAAGAGACAUAAUGUCAAUAUGGGAAUAAUGAAGAAUGGGGGCCAAUCCGUGGUUCUCAUUGAAAGCCCACAAGAGCCUCACGCAAAUGGCAUUGUACAUUCCUCAACAGACACAUCCCGAGAAACGUCAAUCUAAAAGUGACGACGGGGAGCGAUGGAGAGGAGAGGAGGCCCCGUAUCCCUACGUGCCACCUGGUGUGCGUUUCUUAUUUAUUUGUCAUGUUAAAGAACAUCAUGCAUUUUGUUAUUCAUAUGGUUUGAUUUUUACAAACCUCUUGACAUUCAGUGGAUGAAGCGGGACAUCUCCCAAUAAAAAUAUUAUUUAUUUAUUUUUAUUGAA